AUGAUCAAGCCUACAGUGCAUCGAACUAUCACUCGCCGCAUGAAACGUGAGGGUCCUUUCCUAGAAAGUGAUUUCGGCAGGUCCCUCUGGAUCCCACAGUACAACCCCUUCUAUGACUACCGAUUGAAUAGUACGAAUAUCGACUGUUCUGUAAAUAUACUGAACCAUUUAAACAAAAUUUGGGGUGAAAGACUAAAGUUUAUCAAAACCCAGUUUAAGGUUUUGAUUCAUCCUGAAUCCUCAGAAGACGUACCUGGAUAUUCUACGCAUAUGUAUGGAACGGUAGCGACCACCAGCCCUCCAGACUCCGUGUAUUCAUUCGUGAAUUUCACUUGUCUUACCAUGCAGAAUAAGCGCUCAAAAGAAUUCUCGUGUAACACGGGUGCUCUUAUCUACCUAUCGAUGCGAACUGGAUGGGCACCGCGUACUCUACUUCCUCUUCUUGGGAGAACAACUUCACCUCUUCUCCUUACGAGCCGUGGCAGGGUCUUCUCUUAUUGGCUAUGUGCGCAACUUUUUUCCAACAGUGUCCUCCGUGUAUUCUCGGUGACCCACCUCGGCUACCUUGGUCCUCCUACAGCUUUCAGUUAUCGGUCAAUGACCGUUCCUGCUCCUCUAUGA